AUGCAAGUUGACCCUUUCCUUAUUUUGCCCACCCCCUCUGUGAGUGAUUAUGAUGUUGACCCAGGAACCAAUAGGGCAGAAACCAUCGCCGGGUCCCCGGGUGAAAUAGUCCAACGUCUCGACAAGGCCCGCGAUGCGAUUGCCGAAAUAUUAAAGGAGAAUCACAUCGUUGGCCUAGCCAGUCACGUCAUAUUCAAGGGCGAAAUCAUAUGGACGGCAAACAUGGGUUACCGCGACAUGGACCAAAAAAAGCCCGUGGAUUCAGACACCAUUUUCCCCAUCGGCGCUCUGAGUCAAGGCUUCACGGCAGCUUGCGUGGCUCAGCAGGUGUACAGAAAGGGGUUGAGCUAUGACAACAAGAUUUCAGACUUUCUUCCCCAAGUAAACAACAGUGAUGCGACAGUCGGCGAUCUUCUCGGCCACCGCACAGGACUUCAAACGUCUGAUCACUGGCCACACUUAUCACGCGUUGGCGGCUUCCCCUGCAAGGUAAACGACAGGACGAUUAUUCCGACAUACAAUAACCUUGGGCCUCGGGCGACUCUGCGAUCUCAAUUCCUACACAAUGGUAUCGGUUACGUCCUUCUUGGGAAGAUUGUCAGUCCAAAGUAUGCAGACUACCUCAAAGAGAAUGUCCUGAAGCCUCUCCAGAUGUCCCGUACUCGAGUGACCGUGGAUGAAACAUCUGACUUGGAAUAUAACACGUCUCGGAGAUACAGCGUUGGAGUCAAUGGCCGACUGUUCGAGCAUGCCCGAAAAGGGGGCACUUCUGGCCUGAAUCACAACUUGAUGCCAUCAGUGCCUGUUGGAAGUAUGAUGAGCACCACAAAUGAUUUGGCCAAGUACUGCAUCGCCCUCAAUCAGGCAUGGAAACGUCAACGUCACACAAAGGAUGUGGGAAUCCAGACGCUCAGACGCAAGCAAGUAUUUCCAGAUGUAGACUUGCUGUUCAAUCCGCUCCAAGCUAUAGGAGCGGGUGAAAAAGCAAAUAAGAGUCACGCUGCUGGCUGGGCGACCUGCACGCUACCCGCUGUCAUUGGAGAUAUUGGAGCCAACCCGGAGUUGAUGAAGACGCAAAUGCCGGAGCUCGGAACGGGCAGCGCCCCGGUCACGCUGAUUUGGAACCAGAGCAGAUACCACGGCACCCACGGCUUUGUCGGCCUGCUGCCGGAAUACGAAGCCGCUGUGAUAGUGCUGAGCAACACGACGACGGGCGACGACACGCCCGACUGGAUCGGGCAGCUCCUUAUCCAGGCGACUCUGGGUAACCCGUACAAGAAUAACUAUGCUUUCCUCGCUGGAAUAAGCGCACGAAACGCACGCCAAGAGUAUUUUGAGCUCGCUGAAAAAUUACAACAAGGCCGACACACCAAAGGACCCACGAGGUCUCUGAGCGACUAUGAUGGAGAAUAUGAGAGCGCUGUUUCAGGUGAGAGCAUCACUAUCUGGAAGCGGUCAUUUUUCUCGAGGCACCUGGGCAAAGAAGAGAGAGAUGAGGACAAAAGGGGGCAAAGACUAAAAAAGAGCCCCCUCGCAAUGACUCUUUGGGGUGCCGGCCUCGGAGGUAUUCCACUACAUCAUCAUCAUGGAGAUGUCUUUACAUGGUUCCUGUCGUGGAAUCAAAUGGCCGAGCAAGAAUUUCCCUUCGUCCACGAUGCACAGUUUUACACGAUCCAGUUCCAGCCAAACAAGAGCGGCACACUCAUUGAGUCUCUGAUUUGGGUCAACGAUUCGGCGAAACCUGAGGGAGAAGUCUUUGCGCGCAUUUGA